CGGAUAACGAGCUCUCAAUAGGCGCAUGCACCUCAGAACGAGCCUCCGACCACCCGACACCGCCGCGAAACGAACUACACCCAUCUCACUCUCCCGACACGAAUCCGCAUUGACACGCGAUCCCACCUCACCCGCACGACCCAUGGCCCCUAGAAGAUGAGAAGGACUUCUGACAUACUCUGCCCACCAAUGAGACAUUAUCCAUGAGCUGGAACCUGCUCGAACGCUUAAUCGAGUCUGAGCACUUCAACAGAGACCCAUCGUUUACGGUAGCAUACCUCGCUCGGUACGCUCAGCAUGUCGGUAUCCACUAUGUCCUCUGUUCGAAGCUGCGAGGCUUUAGCUACGAGGAGAUCGAGUUCUUCCUCCCGCAGCUAUGCCACCUGGUCAUUUCGAUCGACAACGAGUCCAUGGCGCUGGAGGAGUUUCUAAUAGACUUGUGUGAAGAGUCGGUCAACGGAGCAUUGCUGACAUUCUGGUUGUUUCAAACCUACCUCCACGACUUAGCGAGCCAACCGACUUCAAAUGCUUUCCAGACGUGUCGACGGAUAUACAACAAGGUGCAGAGGAUCGUGUUUGGAAGUGGAGAGGCCUUGCGAAGAGAAAGGAUAAAAGAGAACGUGCUACCGGUCACACUUUUGGCGAGUCUGGUGCUGGGAGGAGUGGGACUGCCCUUGUUACCACAAAUUGGAGGACCGCUCGCGGUUGCGCAGGCAAGAAAGCCACGUCCAAUUGAGGAUGUCAUAUCAGAAGGUGGGACGGCGGGACAAAAGCUUGUGCGAAGCGCUACAGUGACGGGAAGCCCUGCGGCGAAGAGAAGGCCUCGACCAUCCCCUGGCGACCCGGAAGCUGCACCGCGACGGCGGCCUAGGAGGCCUGCAGACGUGCUUCUCGAUGGCGAGGUGACUGGUUUCACGAGCUCAAGCUCUCUCCCGGAGCAGCGAACUCGAACUGUAAGCGCUCAUUCAUUGAGUUUACCAGCUUUACCCGGAGUGCCGAGAAGACUCGCGGGCGAGGCUGUCAAGCGCGUAGCGACUCCUGUAUCAGCGAGCACCAUGUCACGAAGUCACAAGAUUCGGAUGCUGCGACAAAAUUAUUUCCGCAGCGAGUCUGAUUUUCUCCUCGCUUUGGAGGGCAUAUCUUCUCGCUUGGUCGCUGUCCCAAAGGCUGCACGACUGAGUGCGCUCCGUGCAGAACUCGGCUUGAUCGCCCAGGACUUACCAGCAGAGGUCGACAUACCCUUGAUUUGCCCUGCAACGCUUGUAGAUGGCUCGGCGAGUAGAAGUCGGCAUCACAGGAUUGUUAGGUUGAACCCGGCGGAGGCGACGAGCCUGAAUAGCGCGCAAAAGGUGCCUUAUUUGCUCAUGUUGGAGGUGCUGAGAGAAGACUUCGACUUCGACCCAGACAGUCGGCAGAAUCAGGAUCUACUCGCCAAGCUUGUCUCGGAAAAGAACAAGCCCAAACGGAGAUUGUUCGACACCACGGAUGCAGCCAGAGAAGCUGCAAUGCGAUCACCGCAAGAGGAAGCCCAAGUGGACAGCGUUCUGGAACCUGCUAACGGUGACUUGGCCAGUCCGCAGCUACUACAAGAUUUCGACUUCGCUGCGAAGUCUGAUCCAGACAGCCCGCAGGCCCGUUCUAGCCACCUCGGCGGGAGGGAAACUUCGCGGCUGUCCAGCGCAGUGAGUACAGUGUCUUUGACAGCAAGCUUACCAACACCUCGGGACUCAGAAGGGAACCAAACACAACCAAGCAGCGGUGGCCGAUCGCCAUAUCUGAAGCCUCAAAACCCCAAUCAAGCGGACGUAUCAGCAUUGGCCGACCACAUGCGUACAGCUUCGCAAAUGCUCGCGCAGCUUGAGCUGAGUGCUGCGAAGCGACCUAAAGCAGAGGUCGCUUCCAUUCGGGCGAAGAUUAUCGCCAGCAUGCAGUCUCUGGAGGAGCAGAGUUUUCUCAAUGAUGAAACAGUGCAAGGACCGAGCUUCGAAUCGAUCAUGGCCAAAGCAGGCACUGCCCCAGCUGAGCCAGAAGAUCUCGGUGAAGGCAUAGACGGCAUCGCCGAUCCAGGACUGACCUCGAGCAAGGGAGCUGCGCGAAUGGAGAACGAUGCCAUGACAGCAGGAAUUCAACGCAAAGGCGACCGCGAUGACCCCUCAGCGGCCACGUUUGGAGAGGCCUGGGAACAGAAGAAAGAACGCAUCCGCCGCUCUUCUCCUUACGGCUGGGCCAAGACCUGGGACCUCGUCUCGGUCAUUGUCAAAACAGGCGACGACCUCCGACAAGAAGCCUUCGCCUGUCAAGUCAUCGCAAUCUGCUCGAAGAUCUUUGCCGAGCACCACGUCGAUGUGUGGGUCAAGAACAUGCGUAUGCUUGUGACUGGCGAGACAUCCGGUCUCAUCGAGACCAUCACCAACGCUGUGUCCCUUCACUCCCUCAAACGCUCCCUCACCCUCGCUUCCAUCGCCGCGGGCACCAAUCCGAAGAAACGCAUCGCCACGCUGCAAGAUCACUACACGAAAACCUUUGGCGCUCAAGACUCGACAACCUAUGCUAAUGCGAUGGAUUGUUUCGUACGCUCUCUUGCAGCGUACAGCAUCAUCAGCUAUGUUCUCCAGCUGAAAGACCGCCACAACGGCAACAUCCUCAUCGACUCCGAUGGUCAUGUUAUCCACAUUGACUUUGGCUUCAUGCUGUCCAACUCUCCGGGCAACAUGGGAUUCGAAGCGGCGCCGUUCAAGUUGACCGCCGAAUACGUCGAACUCCUCGGUGGGCCAGAGGGCGAAGCAUUUCUCGAAUUCAAAGAGUUGAUGAAGGAUGCGUUUCAAGCUCUGCGCAGGGAGGCGGAGAGGAUCGUCACGUUGGUAGAGCUAAUGGGCAGGGAGAGUAAGAUGCCUUGUUAUGGUGGUGGGUUGGUGAGCGUCGUCGCGGCGUUGAGGGCGAGGUUCGUCCUGGAGAAAAGUAAAGAGGAGGCGAGGGAAUGGGUCGAGGAUCUGGUGGCGAAAAGUGUGGGAAGUUAUUACACGCGGCUCUACGAUACGUUUCAGUAUCGGACGCAGGGGAUCUAUUGA